AUGGCAGAGGAACAACAACAGCCGCCACCACAGCAGCCUGAUGCCCAUCAGCAGCCUCCCCCCAGCGCCCCCAACUCGGGGGUGGCUCUGCCAGCCCUUGUGCCCGGGCUGCCAGGGACAGAGGCCAGCGCGCUGCAACACAGGAUCAAGAACUCCAUCUGCAAAACUAUACAAUCUAAAGUGGACUGCAUUUUGCAAGAAGUUGAGAAGUUUACAGACCUAGAGAAACUCUACCUCUACCUUCAGCUGCCUUCUGGUCUCAGCAAUGGAGAGAAAAGUGAUCAGAAUGCCAUGUCAUCUAGUCGGGCACAGCAAAUGCAUGCCUUUUCCUGGAUUCGGAAUACCCUAGAGGAGCAUCCUGAGACUUCACUGCCCAAACAGGAAGUCUAUGAUGAGUACAAGAGCUAUUGUGACAAUCUUGGUUACCAUCCAUUAAGUGCUGCUGACUUUGGAAAGAUCAUGAAAAAUGUCUUUCCAAACAUGAAGGCACGUCGUCUGGGCACGAGAGGCAAAUCUAAGUAUUGCUACAGUGGACUAAGAAAAAAAGCUUUUGUUCAUAUGCCAACACUACCCAAUCUUGAUUUUCACAAAACUGGGGAUGGGUUGGAAGGAGCUGAACCUUCUGGGCAGCUUCAAAAUAUUGAUGAGGAAGUUAUCACUUCUGCUUGCCGUCUUGUGUGUGAAUGGGCCCAGAAAGUGUUAAGCCAGCCAUUUGACACGGUCUUGGAAUUAGCCCGCUUCCUUGUAAAAAGUCACUAUAUAGGCACCAAGUCGAUGGCAGCUCUAACUGUAAUGGCCGCAGCACCACCAGGAAUUAAAGGAAUUACCCAGCCUUCUGCUUUUAUACCUACAGCUGAAAGUAAUUCCUUUCAGCCCCAAGUGAAGACUCUGCCAUCUCCUAUUGACGCUAAACAGCAAUUGCAACGGAAAAUCCAAAAGAAACAACAAGAACAGAAACUACAAUCCCCUUUGCCAGGAGAAUCCUCAGCAAAAAAAUCAGAAGGCGCUACAACCAAUGGAGUGACUAGUCUUUCUAAUGGAAAUCCUGCAAUCCUCUCUCCUCAGCCUAUUGGUAUCGUUGUGGCAGCUGUCCCUAGUCCCAUUCCGGUCCAACGGACCAGGCAACUGGUAACUUCACCAAGUCCAAUGAGUUCUUCUGACGGCAAAGUUCUUCCCCUCAAUGUACAGGUGGUCACUCAGCACAUGCAGUCUGUGAAGCAGGCACCAAAGACUCCUCAGCACGUCCCAGCCAGUCCUGGGGGGGAUCGCUCUGCCCGGCACCGCUACCCUCAGAUCUUACCCAAACCAGCCAACACCAGUGCCCUCACCAUCCGCUCUCCAACUACUGUCCUCUUUACUAGUAGUCCCAUCAAAACCGCUGUUGUACCCACGUCACACGUGAGUUCUCUAAAUGUGGUGAAAAUGACAGCAAUAUCCCUCACACCCAGCAACAGUAGUGCCCCUCUGAAACAUUCUGCCUCAGUAAACAGUGCUGCAGCAACAACGGAAGAAUCAAGGACCAUUCCACAGAUCAAGAAUGGUUCUGUUGUUUCACUUCAGUCUCCUGGAUCCAGAACCAGCAGCACCGGGGGACCAUCUGCUGUGGAAGUCAAAAUGGAACCUGAGAUGUCAUCAGAUGAGCAUCCUCUACAGUGCCAAGAGAACUCUGAUGGGGCUGACGUGCCCAAAACAACACCUAGUGCCCUCUCAGGGCAGAAAAGUAAUACAGAGGGAGUAGUGCAAAAACCUUCAAAUGAAGGUGUUAAUGAAAUAAAAGCAACUAAGGUCUGUGACCAGAGGACCAAAUGUAAAAAUCGCUGUAAUGAAAUUCUGCCAGGCACUUCAACAGGCAAUAAUCAAAGCACUAUCACUCUCUCAGUUGCCACUCAGAACUUAACUUUCACCAGCACCAGCUCACCAUCUAAUGGUGACUCAAUAAAUAAAGACCCUAAAUUAUGCACUAAAAGUCCAAGAAAGCGGCUGUCUUCUGCAUUGCAAGAGUCCCAGGUGCCUCCUGUAAAGAAACCAAUUGUGGAACAGCUUUCUGCAGUUAUCUCAGAAGGUCAGAAACCAGGCAGUGUUAAGAAGGACCAAAAGGUUCCACAUUCAGGGAAAACGGAAAGUUCAGCAGCAGGUUCUCAGAUUCCUAGCAAGGUAUCAACAAAUGUUAACUCACACGUAGUGGCAAGUCAUCCUCAGCAAGUGAAUUCCUCUGCUCUUGUUACCAGUGAUUUAGCUUCAGAACAGCAAACCACACCAUCAUCAUCUCCAGAUAUAAAAGUAAAGCUUGAAGGCAGUGUCUUUCUCUUGGACAGUGAUUCAAAAUCGCAUGGCAGCUUUAAUCCAAAUGAAUGGCAACAGGUCACUAAGGAUUCUGAGUUUCUAUCUGCCGGCUGUGAACAACAGCAAGAUAUCAGUGUCAUGACAGUUCCUGAGCACUCUGAUAUCAAUGACUUAGAGAAGUCUGUUUGGGAAUUAGAAGGAAUGCCACAGGACACGUAUUCCCAGCAACUACACAGCCAGAUACAAGAAUCUUCUUUGAGUCAAAUGCAAGCACAGUCUUCAGAUCAGUUACCUCUACAGUCCGAACUGAAGGAGUUCGAGCCUUCUGUUUCCCAAGCAAAUGAAAGCUACUUUCCUUUCGAUGAGGAGCUUACACAGGACAGUAUUGUAGAGGAGCUGGUACUCAUGGAGCAGCAGAUGUCAAUGAACAAUUCCCAUGCUUACGGUAACUGUUUGGGAAUGACCCUUCAGAGUCAGUCUGUGACUCCAGGCGCUCCAGCGUCAUCUCACGCCCCCAGCACCCACUUCUAUCACCCCAUCCGUAGCAAUGGCACUCCGAUCCCCACCCCCACCCCGACCCCCACCCCGACCCCGACCCCCACCCCCACCCCCACCCCUACAUCUGAAGUGGUUGCUGGGUCUCAGAGCCUGUCACGGGAGAGCCCUUGCUCCAGGUUGGCCCAGACCACGCCCGUGGAUAGUGCUUUAGGAAGUAGCCGACAUACACCCAUCGGUACUCCCCAUUCUAACUGCAGCAGCAGUGUCCCUCCCAGCCCCGUGGAAUGCAGGAAUCCAUUUGCAUUUACCCCAAUAAGCUCCAGUAUGGCAUAUCAUGACGCCAGCAUUGUCUCAAGUAGUCCUGUGAAACCGAUGCAGAGACCCAUGGCCACACACCCCGACAAAACCAAGCUUGAAUGGAUGAAUAAUGGGUAUAGUGGGGUUGGUAAUUCAUCCGUUUCUGGCCAUGGCAUUCUCCCAAGCUAUCAGGAACUAGUGGAAGACCGUUUCAGGAAACCUCAUGCUUUUGCUGUGCCUGGACAGUCCUACCAGUCUCAAUCCAGACAUCAUGACACUCAUUUUGGUCGUCUGACUCCUGUCUCUCCUGUGCAGCAUCAAGGUGCCACUGUAAGUAACACCAACAAACAGGAGGGCUUUGCGGUCCCUGCCCCUCUUGAUAAUAAAGGAACUAACUCUUCGGCCAGCAGCAACUUCCGGUGCCGAAGCGUGAGCCCUGCUGUUCAUCGCCAACGUAAUCUUAGUGGAAGCACCCUCUACCCAGUAUCUAAUAUCCCCCGAUCUAAUGUGACCCCCUUUGGAAGUCCAGUAACCCCUGAAGUUCAUAUUUUCACAAACGUUCACACGGAUGCAUGUGCCAACAACAUAGCUCAAAGAAGUCAGUCGGUUCCAUUGACAGUCAUGAUGCAAACAGCCUUCCCAAAUGCUCUUCAGAAGCAAACAAACAGUAAAAAAAUAACCAAUGUUUUGUUGAGUAAACUUGAUUCUGACAAUGAUGAUGCAGUGAGAGGUUUGGGCAUGAACAACCUGCCCUCCAAUUAUACAGCCCGGAUGAAUCUCACUCAGAUUUUGGAAACUUCCACUGUCUUUCCUAGUGCCAAUCCGCAGAAUAUGAUCGAUUCCAGCACUUCUAUUUAUGAAUUCCAAGCACCAUCUUACCUCACCAAAAGUAAUAGCACCGAUCAGAUCAGUUUUUCUCCUGGCGAUAAUCAAGCACAAUCAGAAAUUGCAGAGCAACAAUUAGAUUUCAGUAGCACUGUUAAAGACCUGUUGAGUGGAGACAGCUUGCAAACCAACCAGCAGCUGGUAGGUCAGGUAGCAUCUGAUCUCACUAAUCCUGCAUCUGAUUUUUCUAGCGACAUCAGGUUGUCUUCUGAGCUCUCAGGCAGCAUCAAUGAUUUGAACGCUUUAGAUCCAAAUCUACUGUUUGAUCCAGGUCGUCAGCAGGGACAAGAUGAUGAAGCUACACUGGAAGAAUUAAAGAAUGACCCAUUAUUUCAACAAAUUUGCAGUGAAUCCAUGAGCUCUAUGACUUCAUCAGGUUUUGAAUGGAUAGAAAGCAAGGACCACCCUACUGUUGAAAUGUUGGGUUAAAUUGUAUUUUAUAAUAUGUAGCACACUGUAUCGAAAGACAUAUGUAUUGUAUUUGUCUUAAUGGAAGUGCCUCCCGCAGCAGAAACACUUACUAUUAAUUGUGACAUUUUAAGAGUUUGCUGCAGAAGCGGUUUCUUCUUCAGUAGGAAAUGGUUAGACUCGCCUCAGCUCUUAACAAGUUUCUGAAGAGAGUAGGCUGUAGAAAAACAAAUAUUAGGUUUUCAAUUUUAUAAUGUUCCCCAUUUAAUCACAUUGUUUGCUAGUAAGCAAAAGAAUAACCAGCUUUUACGAGAGCAGUCUAGAUCUUUAUUUUGUAUAAGUUUAUUUUAAUUCAUUGGUUGAUCUGCACAGAUUUUAGAGGAAACCAUUGAUUUUAGGUAUAGGAUAUUUUUUGUUGUUGGCAUUAUCAUUUAGAUAUGAAAUCAUAGUUAAGGUGAACUGUAGACAAGAAGGUCUUCCUUGAAACAGGGAUAAUAUUCAGGUUAUUAUAAAUAUUUAGGCUUGAAGCAUAGAGCUACUGUAGAAUGAAAACAAAAUCUCUGUAGGACUUUCUGGGACUUCAGUACCAUUUGCACCUGCAACGAAGGGCUUAAAUAGGAGAAGAUAAUGGAAAAUUAAAUAUUAAUGUAAGGAAAGCAAAAGCUGCGCUAAAAUAUUUAAAAGGAAAAAACUAGUAGCCAUUUAUAUUUGUGACCUUGCAUUAGUCUUCUUUUAAAAUGUUGAUUUUAACAUGGAGCUUACACAGAGACAUGCCCGCACGUGCACACACACACAAACAAAACAAGUACGUAAUUCCAAACAUUGUAAUUUAAUAGAAUAAAUAAAAGCAUGUUAGAAGAAUAUUUUAUGUUUUAUUAUUUGGUAGUUGAGAUAGGGGAAUUUAGAAGGAAACUAAAAGCAUUUUCUUAGUUUCAUCACAGUAUGUCUGCAUGCACAUAUUAAAAUUCUAUUUAAGAUUUAUUUUGAAGGGUUUUAAUUAUAAGUCCUCGAUUUAGUGACUGACUCCUUCACUGCUCCUGAAUAUAGAAAUGCAAUUUGAUCAUGGGAAUCCCUUUGAAAGACAAAUAAGCAGGAGAGAACAUAAAAAACUAAACAGAAAACAUUUCACCACCUGAGGUCUGAAGUCACAAAUCUUUGUAUCUCUGAUAAAACAAAGGGGAUAUCAAUAGUACUUGAAGAAGAGGAGCAUUUUAUAACAUGCUUAAUGUUUAUUUAUUGUGAUAACCACAAUUGCAAAAGAAGCACUCAGGAUUUGUUUUAAAAUGUUUCUCUCUGCGGCUCCCAUUUUGUUUUGUGAAUAAUUAUUUAUGAAUUUCAUGCUGACACAAAUCUUCUCAUUAGUUGACAGCUCCAUUUAAGUGAGCUUCAAGAUCAGUUUCAAAUAGACUUAAAAAUUGCCGUUAAGUUUUUAAAGCUAACAUUAAACCAUUUCUAUGCUACCUUGAGCCUAGCUAAGCUUUCCUUUACCUUAAUUAGUAAGCCAAUCAGAAGACUACAAUCCAUGAAUAUUUAACAAAUGUGAUGAAGGGUUUAAUUUAAUAAGAUUUCAUUGUUCAAUAAAUUUGCAAAGUAGGGUAUUAACAUUUUGAUAAAUAAAUGGUGCUAGGUUUGGCUCAGAGGUUUAUAUAUUGAUAUGUCCUAGUUAUUGGCAUUUGUGUGUGUUUGCUGUUAUCUUGAUUUAAUGAUCUGUUAGACUUUCUUUCUUGAUGCUAGUUAUUUCUUCACUGUACAUUGAGACACAGCACUACUGCACACCAAAGUAUGCAAUACCCAAAGGAAACUGUGUGAUUUCUUUUAACAAAUGAUGGGAGCCUUUCUACAUGAGAUACUCUGAAAAGGAGAUUUUGAGGCCAUUCUAAUCCCUUGUUUACAUUAUUAACUUCCUACUAAUACAAAAAUAAUGGAAAUCUUUUUUGAUAAAAAUAUAAAGACUGGAGGAUUUUUAACCCCUUGUACAGUAUUGCAGCAAACACUUUAAAUUUGGUUGAAUUCGUCCAGCAAACUUUCUGGGGUUCAUAUAUUGCACUAAAUUUGUUGAACCUGUGGUAGGCACAUCUCUUAGGAUAAAUGCAACCAAUACAGUCCACAGAUUAAACUUUUUAAAUGUGUUUCAUUAUGAAAAGACAAAAUGUCAUCAAAGUGACAGAUAAAAUUGUCUUAUGUAGCAAUGUGCAUUAAUCUCAAUGAGAUAUUUCUAUUUCUUAUUCUCUUACAUGAGAAUAUUACAGCAGGAAAAGUUAAGUUUAGUUUGCUUCACCAUGUUAAUACAUGAUCACAAAAUGUGCAUGAGUGUUAUUGACUUAUCUUGUACAGUACUAGGUAUUCCUGUAACCACUUUUUUUUUUUUU